GCCUUCGACUGGCCGCGCCUCCGGCACACGCGGGAAAUGAGUUUUGUGGGCGCAGAAGGCGCGCGGUACCUGCGGCGCGCCGGCUGCCACGAGAUGCGCGCCGCGCGCAGACGCCUGCGCCUCGCCUGCGCCGCCACCGCCGGGGCGCUGCUGCUGCUGUACGCGCUCGCCGACCUCGCCGCCUUCAGUCAGCGCGCCACGCGCAAGGUGCGGACGGGUGGGUCUGACGGCGCGCAGAGCCAUCUGUGGGCAGCGCUGGUGCAGCAGGGCGGCUACCUGCAGGGAGGCGCGGCCGGCAACGAGCCGUUCUCGCGUCACGCCUUCAGCGCCGCCGCCAGCAGCCGCCUCCGCUGCGACCGCCCCUUGCCCGACACCAGGCACCACAGUUGCAGAGAGAUGACAUACACCAUAGACAGCGACAAGACAACGAGCGUAGUGAUUUCCUUCCACAACGAGGCCCGCUCGGCCCUCCUAAGGACUGUCGUCAGCAUAAUCAACCGCACACCCGCCGAGCUGCUGGAGGAAAUACUGCUUGUAGACGACUUCAGUGACAAUGAGGAGGACGGUACGCUUCUUGAAGCCAUUCCAAAAGUUCGGGUCAUAAGGAAUACUGUCAGAGAAGGCCUAAUCAGGUCACGCAACAUUGGAGCCAGCGAGGCAAGAGGCAACUAUUUAGUUUUUCUGGACAGCCACUGCGAGGUUAACACUGGAUGGCUGGAGCCACUUCUCAACAGGCUUUCGCAGAAUCCUCUGCUAGUUGCUAGUCCUGUCAUUGAUGUGAUAAACCAAGACACAUUUGAAUACCACUCUUCUUCAUCACAACUGAAAGGAGGUUUUGAUUGGAGUCUGCAUUUCAAAUGGUUGCCUCUCUCAAAUGAAGAGAAAGAAAGUAAGAAAGAUCCAUCUGAACCUUUCACGAGUCCAACCAUUGCUGGUGGAUUAUUUUUAAUCAGCAAAGAUUGGUUUCAUCAACUUGGGGCUUUUGAUCCAGGCUUGGAGAUAUGGGGUGCUGAAAGCCUAGAAAUUUCUCUCAAGACAUGGCUGUGUGGAGGAAGGCUUGAAAUCAUUCCCUGUAGCAGAGUGGGACACGUGUUCCGAAAAAAGCAUCCUUAUUCAUUCCCACGUGGAAAUGCACAAACAUAUCUCAGGAACAGCAGACGUAUAGCAGAAGUAUGGCUUGAAGAAUACAAGACAUUCUUUUAUGAAGCAAGGCCAAAUGCUGUUGAUGUUGAGAUUGGAAGCUUAGAAGAAAGAUCAAAACUUAAAGAACAACUGCAGUGUAAGCCAUUUCAGUGGUACCUGGAAAAUAUUUUCCCUGAACUCAGACUUCCAAAUGAAGACAGCAGUGCAUUUGGCCAGUUACGUCAAGGAUCACAUUGCUUACAAGUUGAAAAUGAAAAGUCACCUGUAUCACUUGCCUUGUGCAGUGAAAUGUCCACAUCACAAAACCUUUGGGCAUACAAUUCACACCUACAUACUAUCCAGCAUGGUAAGCUGUGCCUUGCUGUACCAGAGGGCACUGUAACACCACGUCUUCAAACAUGCCACUCUUCACCACAGCAGGAAUGGAGUCGACAUGGUCGAGCAGUAAUACUAACUGCUAGAGGGCAGUGCCUUGAAACAGGAAUACAAAGUGAAGUUAUGUUAUCAGAGUGUCGGCUUGGAGCACUGUCACAACAAUGGGAUUUCACUGUGGAACUUCAAAUGCAAUAUGAUUCCUCCGUCCGGAUUACGUGAUUUCAUAAUCAGUUUAAAACAUAUGUAAUAAAUCUCAUAAAAAAGAUGAGAUAAUCAACAUUAUGCUAUACACAUGUUGUCUUUUUUGUAUUUAGGCUACAUGUAUAUGAAAAUAGCAUUUAGCUAUCAAAACUAUGUUUUGUGGCGAUGAAACAAGAAUGUGUAAAUGAGAAAUCAUUCUAAUUAUAACAGAGACAUUUACAUAAAUUAAAUUCACUUCAGGGGCAUUACCUAGAUAAAAUAAUGAACUGAGUUAACAAUUAAGAUGCUUAAGAUGUUAAAGAUAUAAAAAUGUCAAUUAAUGGCUGUGAAAAAUUGAACUAAAAAGAACCUUAUUUAUUUUAAUGCCAUGAUGAACACAUGAAUAUUGUUAUUUAUAAUCAUAGACAAUGAGAUAAUACAAGUAUAUGUGAUCUGUUAUUUUGCAGAUCAGACUGUACAUCACAAGUAGAAUUCUAAGUUCUCUACCAGCUUCAGUUUGGAAUAUACUUUCCAAAACAUGAUUAAGCUAAGACUGUUUCAUUCC